GUGUUCUGGCGCACGUCACUUCUUGUUGAUGUUGUGAGGAAGAUGGCAGCCCGCUGGAGCAGCGAGAAUGUGGUGGUUGAGUUUAGGGAUGCCCAGGCCACCGCGAUGUCAGUGGACUGUCUGGGGCUCCACGCCGUGCUAUCGGGUCGGCGUUUCCUGUAUGUGGUGAAUCUGGAGAACCCGUCUGAAGCGCCGCGUAAGAUCAGCCGUCAGAGCAAGUGGGACGUGGGCACGGUGCAGUGGAAUCCCCACAGGGCUCAGUCCCGGGUUUUUGCUGCCUCUAGUAACCAGCGGGUAGACCUUUAUACGUGGAAAGAUGGCUUUGGGGAGGUCCACGCAUCUCUGCAGGGACACACGCGAGUCAUCAGUGACCUUGACUGGUCCUGGUUUGAAGCUGAGUACCUCGUGAGCAGCUCUGUGGACACCUAUAUCUACAUCUGGGACACUAGAGACCCCCGGAAGCCCUUGGUGGCACUCUCUGCAGUCGCCGGAGCUUCUCAAGUCAAAUGGAACAGAAAGAACCAGAACGUCCUGGCCUCCAGUCAUGACGGAGAUGUCCGCAUAUGGGACAGAAGGAAACCCAACACAGCGGUGGAGUAUGUAGCCGCCCAUCUGUCCAAGAUCCACGGGCUGGACUGGCACCCGGACAACGAGUACAUCCUGGCCACGUCUAGUCAGGACAACUCUGUCAGGUUCUGGGAUUACAGACAGCCGAGAAAGUGCCUCAACAUCUUAUCGUGCCAGGUGCCGGUGUGGAAGGCACGAUACACACCCUUCUCCCACGGCCUGGUGACGGUCAUGGUUCCCCAGCUGCGCCGGGAGAACAGCCUGCUGCUGUGGAGCACGCUGGACCUCAACAGCCCCGUCCACGCCUUUGUGGGCCAUGACGACGUGGUCCUGGAGUUCCAGUGGCGCCCGCAGAAAGAAGGCUCCAAGGACUGCCAGCUGGUCACCUGGUCCAGAGACCAGACCCUGAGGAUAUGGCGCGUGGAUCCACAGCUGCAGAAGCUGUGUGCCAACGACACGGUGGAGGAGCUGCUGGAGGGCGUGGCCCUCAGCAUGGAGCCGGAGAGGACCCAGUCCUCCCAGGACCUGGAGCCCCAGCAGAGCACAGCCCCCUUGGCUGAAGACCUGCACGACCCGGAGCAGGCGGCCCUGGGCUCCAGCGGGGCGCCCCAGACCCUGCAGCAGGAGUUCUCCUUGGUCAACCUGCAGAUCAGGAACGUCAACGUGGAGAUGGAUGCUCUAAACCGGAGCUGCGUGGUCUCCGCCCACCUGGGCAGCCACCAGGUGCGGCUGGUGGUGAAGUUUCCCGCCCAUUACCCCAACAACGCCGUGCCUACCUUCCAGUUCGUCUCCCCCACCAGCAUCCCCUCUGCCAUGAGGACCAAGAUCCAGAAGAUUCUAACGGACACGUCACUGCAGAAGGUAAAGAGGAACCAGAACUGUCUGGAGCCGUGUGUGCGACAGCUGAUGUCCUGCCUAGAGUCGGACAUGACCCAGGAGGACGGUCCGCCCGCCAGCCCCUACGUCCUGUCGAACCCGGUGACCCCCGCCCUGCCCGCCUUUCCCAGGGUCACCAACACCUACGGAUCCUACCAGGACGCCAACAUCCCCUUCCCCCGCACCUCUGGAGCGCGCUUCUGCGGCACUGGCUGCUUGGUCUACUUCACGCGACCAAACACCAUGCACCGCUCGGUCCCGGCCUCCGAACCCACGCCGAGGUCCCUGUCGGCGCUGUCUGCGUACCACAGCGGGGUGCUGACCCCCAUGAAGAUGCGCACCGAGUCUCAGAGCACCCUGAGGUUGUACAGCGGGAGCCCCACCCGCUCCGACAAGGACACCGUGUCCAUCUCCUCCUUCUAUUACAAGGAGCGGAAGCCCCCAAUGUCUGCCCUCCGCCGUUGGUCUGUCCAAACUAUCCAUGACUACCCGUACAUCAAUAUAAUCCACUAGCACAUCAAUAGAAUCUACUAGGCCAAUAUAAUCUACUUUCACAUCAAUAUAAUGUACUGGCACAAUAUAAUCUAUUAGCACGUCAAUAUAAUCGAUCACAUUAAUAUAAUCGACUAGUACAAUGUAAUCUACUAUCACAUCAAUGUAAUCUACUAGUACAUCAACAUAAUCUACUAGCACAUCAAUAUAUUCUACUAGCACAAUAUAAUCUACUAUCACAUUAAUAUAAUCUACUAACACAAUAUAAUCUAGUAGCACAUCAACAUAAUCUACUAGCAAAUCAACAUAAUCUACUAGCACGUCAAUAUAAUCUACUAGCACAAUAAAAUCUACUAGCACAAUAUAAUCUAUUGGCGAAUCAAUAUAAUCUACUAGCACAUCAAUAAAAUCGACUAGCACAUCAAUAUAAUCUCUAGCACAACAAUAUACCUACUGCCCCAUCAACGUAAUCUAGCGCAUCAAUAUAAUCUACAAACACAUCAAUAUAAUCUAUUAGCACAUCAUAUAAUCUAUCAUCAUAUCACAAUAAUCUAUCACAACAUCAACAUAUCUAGUAGCAACAUCAAUAUAAUAUACUAGCAUUUAAAUAUGAUCUACAAGCACAAUAUAAUCUAUCAAAUCAAUAUAAUCUACUAGCGCAUCAACAUAAUCUACUAUUAUAUCAGUAUAAUCUACCAGCACAUAACAUAAUCUGCUAUCAUAUCAAACAUAAUCUACUAGCACGUCAAUAUAAUCUACUAUCAUAUCAGUAUAAUCUACAGCACAUCAACAUAAUCGACUAUCAGCAUAAUCUACCAGUACAUCAACAAAAUCUACUAUCAUAUCAGUAUAUUCUACCAGCACAUCAACAUUAUCUACUAUGAUAUAGGGCUGCUCGAUUAUGGAAAAAAAAUCCUAAUCACGAUUAUUUUGGUCAAUAUUGAAAUCACGAUGUUCAAACGAUUAUUUUUUGAGUUUGAAAACAUGAUGUAUUUUUUCAGUAUGUCUCUCUCAAAAUUCUUUGUAGCUGAGAAUUUUGAAAUUUCGCUUUAAAAUAAUGCAGAAAAUGGUCCAAAAGAAAAUGUUCAAAUCUAAAAUAAUGUACAGAUAUGUAUUCAGCUGUUCUGCAAUUUGUAUAAAUCAUUUCGAAAAAUAAUCGAAAAAUCGAUAAUGUUAUUUAGUGAUUGUUUGACGCUAAAAUCGAAAUUCGAUUAAUUGCCCAGCCCUAGUAUCAUAUCAGUUUAAUCCACCAGCACAUCAACAUAAUCUACUAUCAUAUCACUAUAAUCUACCAGCACAUCAACAUAAUCUACUGGCAGGAAUAAUAACAGCUUUGACUCCAGCCAGGUCUUCCUCCCAGCCGCACACAGCCCUGUUAAUCUGUUAGAAACCACUUUUAAUCAAGUGGUGCUUGGUUCCUCCUCUGGGGGGCGCUACCGUCUCCCCGCCUCUCUUUCACUCCUGUCCGCUAGAAAUCCCGGAGGUUCAAGACCAAGCGCGAGGGGAGCGACUCCAGCAACCGACCCAUCAAGCUGGCGGGGAAGGUCAUCAUCCAGGAGAUCUCCUGCCUGCUGCCGGUCCACAGAGCACUGGGAGAGAGCUA